AUGGACUUGUGUAAUGAACACUCAGGAUUGGAUACGCUUACGAUGCUGUGUGAAAGAUUACGAUCUGAGAAAUUACUUGUAGCUAGUGAAUUGGACACUCUGCAACGGCUUAACGAAGAAGUUGAUAAUGCACAAAGUGAAUUAGCACAUUUAGCCUGGAUAUGCAGACAGGAACAGACAAUUUUAUCGCGUCUUAUCAAUUCCCAUCCUGAUGUUCGACCGGAAAAUUGCUGCUUUCUAACUUCCCAGUUUGAUUCCGCUUGCUUUAUUCAUGGAUAUCGUCGUAUUGAUGGGCAGCAUUACAGUAGUGUUACGGAAUUGUUGAAUUUAUUACUAAAUUCACCGAAUUUAGUAGCUGAAAUAUUACAUAUUGCAGACCAAACGCUAAAGAGCAACGACUCACCAUUUGUUGAGCUAGUUUCAUGUGUAUACAGCUUGCUAUAUGGAUGUUCAGUUUUUCCGGAAGAUGAGCGUCGCGUAUUGGAAACCCUUUUCCAUCUGUUGGAUAUUCAGUUGGCUUCACAUUCCGACCCACGAUUGUUAUUGCGUCGUGGAAAUGUGUCUUUUUGUCAGCUUUAUCGUUUAUUUUCCGAAGGGAUGUAUUCUGCAAAGAUUUUUCUGACAGCAGCUCUGCAUGAUCCAGUGAUGUUCGUAUUGUCUCAGGAUGAUGUUUUUUUGGAUAUCGAACCAACAAAAACAUUAAUACGGUUUCCCGCAGAAGAAAGAAGAAGACGUUUUGGUGAGGACGAAAAUUCACUUACCUUUUUGCAAAAUUUAACUGCUCAUCGCCGAUAUAUUGAAUCAAAAUUAGUAUCAGUUGCAAAUCGAUUUAUCCGAGCAAUAACUGAUGCAAUGUCUUGCUUUCCUCAAAGUUUGGGUUGUAUUGUUCGACGACUAUAUACUGUUUUAGUUGAUCACAGAAAACUUAGUCGUGAGCAGGCAACGUUGAUUUGCACGGAUCUAAUUUUCACUUAUUUUAUUUGUCCUGCCAUCGCAAAUCCUGAGACACUUGGAGUUAUAUCAGAUACUCCGGUCACCUACAUUGCAAGGUUCAAUUUGAUGCAGAUCGGGCAGAUUUUGCAGACACUGGCUAUAGCACCUUUUGAGCCUCCUUCUUCUCAUAUUGCACAUUUCUAUUCCCAAUUUGAUCAGCAGUCGAUGUCAUGUGUGGUGCAACAUGUUCUUGCAACGCAUGGUGAAUCACUAGAAAGUAUAUGUGCAGUCAGUACCGAAUCACCGCCACAAGUUGUUGAACAGUUUGUCCGACGCAUGUUUGUAGGCACUAUUGCAGAGCUGGAUUGUUUGAUUAGUGCUGUUCGUUGUUUUGCAACUGGUCCUGUAAGUGAUGAAUCGAUACGGCGAACAUUAACUGGAUUACUGCAGCGAUUACCAAUAAAACUUUCACGGGAUGAUAUACCAAAUUUUGGGGUUGUUGGUUUUCAAGAAAGAAGUCACUCAAACGAGCGAAAUGCAGAUCCUUUCUUCAUUGACACUAGAACAUUAGAUUUAAUUCAAAGUGGUUAUCAUAGAGGUUUGCGAUUUAAACAUGGCAAGUCCACGGAGUCUACUGAAUCUGGCCGUAUUCAAAUAGAAAAUAUUGAGGUACUUGUAUUUCCUCUUGGUGAAAGUAGGGAACCAUUGGGAAUGUGUUCCGAAGAAAAAUUCAUGGAAUCAGUUCGGAAUCCACAGCGAGUGCGAAAACAUAAAACAUCGGAUGAAUCAGCCGAGAAGCGAACUCGUUUUGUUGAUACUGAAAGCAUUGAUCGUACCACUGACGGUGGGAGCGAUGAUGAAGCAGCAAGUUUAUCUUCUUCUAUCGAAGGUAACGCUGAUGGUAUGGAUGAUGAUGCUGAAGAUGUAUCUACUCUACCGGACAAUUUCAGUGAUGUUGUUCCCAGUAGCGCAAAUGUUUCGGGUCGUGGUUCACCAAGCGUCAGUGAUCCAGCUUCUAAUCGAGGUGGUUCACGUUCAGCUCGGUCAGCCGCACCGACAAAUGGCGAAGAUGCUAAUAAUGCAGUACAGGAAAAUAAUAACUCUCGUCAACAUAAUCUUCCGAAUUUACCGGUAACCGUCCGUCGCGAAAAUACUGAAGGCCUUGAAGAUAAAUUCGGGAAAUUUUGUUUGCCGUCACAGGGAGAGAGUCGUCAUAAAUAUCGUGAUGAAACACAUUCACUUGUCAGUGAAAGCUGGUCCACUGAUGUUCUACCAUCAGAUACGGAAGGUUUCGGUUUUGAUGUUAGACAAGAUGGAGACAACAGUACAUCUACGGUUGCUCCUCCUAUGCUACCUGCAGUUGUAGAAGUUGGUGAGCCUCGAACCGAAAGUAGGCCAAGCAGAAUGGGUUCACAACGAUCUACAAUUGGCAGUGCUAUUGCAUCUUUAACUGUAUCAGGUAACGGGGAAGAUCGAAGUGAUACGUGGUCCGUAGAUGCAGUGGCUAGUGAUUCUGAAGCAGAUCCUGUUCAAAGAAACGAUGAUUUAUUAAUGAUUGAUGAUCCUGAUAGUGCGGACGUUACAUCUGCUACUAAUGGAAGUGCAAACGCAACAGUAUUAGCUUCUGGCAACGAAAGCAACAUGACAGAAAGUAGUGGCGCAACUGUUCAUGCAACAGUUGGAGGGCAUAAUGAAAAUGAAGUUUCUCGCGGAAACAAUUUCUCAUUUCACCAUGCUGCAAAAAAGCCGAUGUCUACAACUUCAACUGAUGCAUCAAUCUUUCGUGAAUUGAAUCAAGUGAAUCUGGUAGCUUCAACGUCAAGUGGUCAUGCUCGUGAACGUCUUAGACGUCAGUCUAGUGGAAGUUCUUUCUAUUCAAAAUCUGAUGUUGAUUCUGAAUUUUCAAAGGAUCUUAAUGAUGAUGCACUUUCAUCAUUGCCUGGCGAUUACACUCCAUCAUUUCGCAACAGUGUAGGUGAACUUGUGCUGACCAGUCCAGCUGCUUCAGUAAUGGCAACAGCAGGCUCCUUCUGUAAUGAUGACAUAGAAGCUGGAUCAAAUGUUAUUCCGGCUAAUGAUUUAAUGAAUUCGUUAAAAAAUGAUGUCACUCUGGCAAAUACACAAAAAGCCGAAAAAUGUAAUGAAUAUGAGGAACAUAUAAGGGUGAGAAAGACUGAACGCAGCAACGAUGAUAAAACAGAUGAAGAGGCUAUAAGAGCAAAUUGGGCUAAUAGUGGAGCUAUGCCAAAAACAUAUCGUACUCCUCCCGUAACUUCUCGUUUGCGGUCUCAAAAUGAUGAUAUUGAAAGAAAUGAAAGUCCAGUGAUGCGAAAGAAGAUGAAUAUACUUCAUGGUUUACAUAAAGUGGGCGAAUCACUGAAGAUGAGAAAAGGAGCUGUGGUUAGUUCACUUCGUCAGUCAUUAUCUCAAGCUACAACAAUGAAUGAAAUCACAUCUUUGAAAGGCGCAAAUGGAAGAGAUUCUUCCGCGGCAUCUUUUGGCACGGGAGUUGGCCGAUUUGCUGAAAGUCAUUCUCUUGAUGAACUGAACACUGCCGCAGAUCUGAGCAAGCGAACAGCAAAUGAAAUUCUAGAUAAAUAUAAAGGAAAAGCAGUGCUUUUGUAUUCAGCUGAGGGUAAUAACCAAUUUUUGGACGAAAAUAGUCAACAAACGACAAAGGGGGAAAAUGAAAAGACAUCUGAAGAUUCUGAGUUGUACUACGAUCCUGAUAAUCUUACCCAGUGUCGUGCUUUUGUUGAUGUAAAACGAAAAUUACGUUUGGUAUUGAGUUCAGUAGCUUCUUUACCUGGUGUAUCUUCUGUUGGGAGUGAAAGUGCUCUACGCAGAUCCAAAAUGAGGAUGAGUGGAAAAACUGAUGCACGGCAGUUGACAGAAUUUCUGCAAAUUUUGUUGGCAGAAAGCAUUAAUGGCCAAGACAAGACUCUCUGUGCACAAAUUCGUGAAGUUAUGCGCUGCUUAGUUGCAUUCGAUGACAGAGCAGUUAGAAAACUCUUAAGAGCCCUGAAGGGAGAGCACCGAAAGCGGACGGCAUAUAUGCUUUAUUUACAGCAGUCUCGUCUCAGCCUACUUCAGCUGCGCUCUAAUCUAGAAAAAUUAGCUAUUCGUCUUCAAAGAGAGAAAUUGCUGAUUGGUGAGUGCUUAGUGGAUAUGCUCGUUCGAUUUUAUCUGGAAGAGCGUGACUUGCACUUACGAAGGUUUAUUGCUGAAUUUCAAACUCUGAAAGCUCAGGAUGAAAGGACGGAUAUAAUGGAGCGUGCCUUAACUUCAUUAUAUGAAUGCUUACCACGUGAGAAGAUGUGGCGUUUUGCAAAUGCAGAAAGAAUCUCAUUUGUAAAAAAGAGUGUUGAACGUUCAUUAAUGGCCCAGCUCUAUGUGUAUGCACUUUAUCCAAAUGGUGAAGCCGACCAAAGCAGAGACAGUGUUUUCCACAAAUCAGUGCAAAAAUUAGCAGCAGAAAUUAAUCCUGACCAUCCUCAGUUGCGGAUAUCAGUGAGAUUACGUGGUGAAUAUCCGUGGCCAUCUGCGCAAGCAGAAAUUGGAAUUAUAAAUGCAUACAAAUCACCACGAGAUAAAAUGGCCUGUAUUGUUAGAUGCUGUGAAACAAUCGAAAAUCUCAUUAUUCUUGCAUCUGAGAGAGGAGCAGCUUCGGCUGAUGAUAUUACUCCUGUUCUUGUUUACGUUCUUAUUCAGGCAAAUCCACUGGCUCUUCUAUCGAAUAUCCAGUAUAUUGGCGCAUUUUAUGCAAACCAAAUAUCAGGCAUAGAAGCGUAUUGGUGGACUCAGUUCACUAGUGCAGUAGAAUUCAUUAAAACCUUGUUAAGUCAAAAUCUAUAA